UCAUUAAAGAUGGCGUCCGAUCAAGAGGUAGGAAAAAGAUGCCUCAGUAAUGACGGGUAUUUUGGAACUGUGAGAUUUAUUGGACAAGUCCCCCCAACAAAAGGAGAGUGGUUAGGAGUUGAAUGGGAUGAUCCCUCAAGGGGUAAGCACAGUGGCACUCAUGAUGGUAUAGAAUACUUCAGAUGCAGGAUCCCUAACAGCGGGUCUUUUGUAAGACCCGAUAAAGUCUCCCUCGGUCUAGAUUUUGUGCAAGUUAUAACAGAAAGAUACACAUACAGUAUUGAUUCGACUGGUGAGAACGUGUUGGAGAGAGUCUCUACCAAAGACGUGUUACUAAUUGCAGGAAAAGAAACACAGAGUGAAUUAAAAGAACUUGUAAAUGUUGAUUUGUCUUUGACACUACUGAGCACUUCAGGGGUACCCCAGGGCAUCUUAAACACCUGCCCAAAUAUAAGAUGUUUGAAUCUGUCAAGUACGUUGAUCUCCAGCUGGAAUGAAGUGGCUCUGAUUUGUUCACAGCUCCACCUUUUAACAACAAUCGAUUUGAGUUCAAAUAGGAUGACCACACCCACCGAUCCAUUAUCGCUGCUAGAUUCAUUGAAAAAUGUGACACAUCUUAUCAUUAAUAAAAUGGGACUGGAAUGGAACGAUUUACGUUUAAUUUUGCAAAUGAUGGCUAACUUGAAGCAGUUGGUUGCGUCCAAUAAUAAUAUUUGUUGCCUUGGUAACGGAGGAGAUUCUAAAGACGCAUUUCCAGAAUCAAUUGAAGAAAUUUGUCUUGACUAUAAUAAAAUUAAUAAUUGGUUGGAGGUAAUUAAACUGAGGCAUUUACCAAAGCUUAAUGCUUUAUUUCUGAGGUCCAAUCAAUUAAUUAAUAUAGAACCAAUUAAUAAAGGUGAUUUCUUUUCCCUAAUCUCACUUGUCUUAAAUGAUAACCCAUUUGAAUCUUGGUGUUCAGUUGAUGCUGUAGCUUCAAUUGAGAACUUAAGAAAGUUACGAUUAAUAAAGUCCCCAAUAUUCAAAGAUGAAUCUGAACUUGACGCAAGACUACUAGUAAUAGCAAGGGUACCUCAGAUUACUUACAUCAACGGGUGUCAAAUUUACAAAAAAGAAAGAGAGAAUGCUGAAAUGUUUUAUAUUAAGAAAUAUUUCCCGGAAUGGAUAAAAGCAAAGAAAAGUGGGGGAGAGGCCUGCUUCCUGUCCAAUCACAAACAAUAUAAAAGACUAAGUGAAAUUCAUGGCUUACCUGAAGAAGAAUCGAUUGCAAAAGAAUCACCCUUUGCUCCGACAAUAAAAGAUAGAUUAUUAAAUCUGACUAUAUUAGAUGUAGCUAGCAGUAAAACUAUUAAGAGGAAGCUCCCUGAGACAAUGACAGUACAAGAGUUAAAGUCUUUGUGUAUGAGAUUCUUCAAAGUGAAGACUAUUAACCAGAAACUGUACUAUAGAAGCCAUGAGUUACGGCAAUUUUAA